AAGAAGAGGAAGAUCGAGGAAGGCUAAAUGAGAAAGAACGGGAAGCGCUCAAGGAGAUUAAGGCCUUAAGGGCUAAACUAGAAAGGAUGAAGAGAAUGAAGAAUGCCUCACCUCGAAGGAGCACGGAGUCGUUCAAGAUUCUUUUACAACGAAAGCCUCAGGAUAGACGAGGAAAAGAGCAUGAGAAAACCGUCAAGCUGAAUGAGCGGAGAAAGAUCAAAUGCACAAUUGAUGACAAAGAAAUAUCAUGUAGACCUUCUACGGAGAUCAAUACUGACAUUAAAGCGAGAACAACGCUGAAGGCAAUUCAGAGAGAAAUUUGGGUGCCAAGUAUCAGGUUUGAGGAGAGUCCGUAUGCAAAUGAGAAUAAGGAGGAAGAUAUACUCUGCCGAACUUCUACGGAGAUGAAUAUUGGCAUUAAAGCGAGGGCAGCGGAAGGGUCAGAGCAGGGAGAGUUCUGGGUAUCAAGUGUCCGGGUUGAGGAGGACCCAGACCCGAAUGAUAGUCUGACGGUUGGGGUUUCGAGUAUUCGGUUCGAGAGUUGCGAGGGAGAUUCUGAAGCAGCUCUAGUAUGUACUGAAAAAGUGGGUGAGGAAUCAGAUGAAAAUGGAGUCGAUCAUACUCGCCUUGAAAUUAAAGUAUCGCCGAGGGGCGAAGGACCGAAGGUUAUUGAGGAAACAUGGCCGGAUAUCAACUAUGAGCUGGCUCAACUUUAUGAGACCGUCGGAUCGGACGUCGGCUAUGAGCUGGUACAAUUGUUUGAGACCAUGGAACAUGCUGACGAUUAUGACUUAGCUCAACUCUUUGAGGCCACCGAAUCGGGUAUCGACUAUGGGCUUGCCCAACUGUUUGAGACCGUCAAUACAUAUGAAAACAAUGUUGAGAAUUCUCUCGAGACAACAAUGAGUCGUGAUCUGAACACUACGAAAGACAUCGAGAGCUCUGGAAUAGAUGGAUACAAGUUAAUAAGUAAAUGCGGUGUGACGAGUAUUGGGAAUGAAUUCGUUGAGGACUGUUUGGGGAGUCAGGAGAGUGAUAGCCCACUCGCGUUUGACCAAGAAGAUGAAGAAAGGACCGUGAUGGAAGUGAAAUUUAUUGCGGAUGCCGACAGUCCAGAAAACAUGUCGAUGAGAAUUAUGAAAAUGUCAAGACUUGAGGAGAGAUUGGAAGCGGAAAACCCCGCUGUGGAUGUGAGGAGAUUCGAGGACAAGGACUUGGUCGGGACUCCGGCGACUGAAAAUUGGGUAGCAGGCUCGGGAAUUGUGGUUGAGACGCAAGAUUGGAAUGUAGACUUGAGUCAAAGGUGGGAAUAGGGAUUGUUUUUGUAGGAUUGUUUUUGUAGUAGUGACUGUUUAAGUAGCAGGGCUGGUGCCGUGUUAGGGUUAAGAGUGCGAAUAUAUUGUAUGCAGGAAUGGGGCUCCGGGCUCCUGGUGGGGCAGGACAACCUGUCGUCCCUGUUUUUGUCUAUCUUGAUCAUGUAAUUGCCUUGGGCACUGGGCCCUGUUAAUAAAAGUGCAAUUUCGGG